GAGCUGUGCCCCACGCUCGCGCUGCAGCGUCCCCGGGCAUUGCAGCUGCCAGUCAAGGCCAGGAGGCGGUCGGGGCCUCCUCCUCCUCCCGACCCGUAGGUCUGGGAGCGCGAGUCCUGUUUCAAUCUUGCAAAGUGUAAAGCUGUCAGCCGCGGAGCACGGAGGAAAGACGGAGAGAAUGAAAGAGCUCCUCCUGCCCUGUGUGCCAGCAACCCGGACUGGCGGUGAGCGCGCGGGAGGCUACUGAGAAGCCCGGCGCGGAGGAACGCAGGUCUCCUGCAGGGGAUUGAGGAGACUGAAGAAAGUUGAAGACAGGCUGAUGGGCUCAGCUGGUAGGCUCCACUAUCUCACCAUGACGGCUGAAAAUUCCACUGCUGGAGACCUGGCUCUGGCCCCGCUCAUCACUUGCAAACUCUGUCUGUGUGAGCAGUCUCUGGACAAGAUGACCACACUCCAGGAAUGCCAGUGCAUCUUUUGUACAGCUUGCCUGAAACAAUACAUGCAGCUGGCAAUCCGAGAGGGAUGUGGGUCUCCCAUCACUUGCCCUGACAUGGUGUGCCUAAACCACGGGACCCUGCAGGAAGCUGAGAUUGCCUGUUUGGUUCCGGUGGACCAGUUUCAGCUUUAUCAGCGCUUAAAAUUUGAAAGAGAAGUUCAUCUGGACCCCUACCGAACAUGGUGUCCUGUUGCAGACUGUCAGACAGUGUGCCCCGUUGCAUCGAGUGAUCCAGGACAGCCUGUGCUGGUGGAAUGCCCUUCUUGCCACCUGAAAUUCUGCUCGUGUUGCAAGGAUGCUUGGCAUGCAGAGGUCUCCUGUAGAGACAGUCAGCCUGUUGUCCUGCCAACAGAGCACGGAGCCCUCUUUGGGACAGAUGCAGAAGCCCCCAUUAAGCAAUGCCCAGUUUGCCGGGUUUAUAUCGAACGCAAUGAAGGCUGCGCUCAGAUGAUGUGCAAAAACUGCAAGCACACGUUUUGCUGGUACUGUCUCCAGAACUUGGAUAAUGACAUUUUCCUCAGACAUUAUGACAAAGGGCCAUGCAGAAAUAAACUAGGCCACUCGAGAGCAUCAGUGAUGUGGAACCGAACACAGGUGGUAGGGAUUCUCGUAGGCUUGGGCAUCAUUGCCUUGGUGACUUCACCUUUGCUACUCCUGGCCUCCCCAUGUAUAAUCUGUUGUGUCUGCAAGUCCUGUCGGGGCAAGAAGAAAAAGCACGACCCAUCCACAACCUAAAGAUUUCCGUGUUCACACGUCCGAGAUGUGUGAAUUACAUGAGAUGGCGCAGUGAUAAAGCCCCACUUAGUGACUUUGCCUCUUCCUCCUUGCCAACUUUGAAAGUGCCUCUGUUGACCUUGUCUGCCAGCCUUCAGCAUCGGGAAAGGCCGAAUCCUGGGUGUGCGUGUUCCUGUGUAAUGAGAACUGGGCUUGACAGUCCAGCUGUGUCUAUGGAGCAUGUCGGGAGCUUUGGGGUUGCUUGGGAUGGAAUGAACAUAUCAUUUUGUCAUCCAAAGGAUCUCACUGGACUAUUCAACUUCCAACCAAAUUCAAGGAGCUUGAGUAAACAUUUGAUGUAACCAGUGUGUUGUCGUAGUUGGCAACAUGCAAGAUAACUGAGAAGCCAGAGCCUGUUGUGUGUUGAUUAGACUACCACGAGAAACACAGGAGAAACCUGAUAAGGAGGAGAAGGAUAAGACUGCGUAAGGAGAAAUCCUCGUAGGAGCCAUAAAACAGGCUGCCGAUCUGAGCAGUUGACAUGGUGGCUGUGCCUCUGCUGGCUACUGGGUGUGCUGUCCCCAGUGUUCCCACUAUGAUUUGGCAGAAACACAAUAGGUUUCUCCUGUGUGAUCUCAGCUUCAAGAAGGAGGAAACUGCUGUGCAGAGGGAGUUGUCCUUUUUCAGUAAAAGAGUUGCAGCCUGUUAAACAAUAUGGUCUAAUUUAGUGUUUCUCCCUUGGCAAAUGUAAGUUUUCCGAGUUGGCCAGCUUGUCUCUUACAGCCGGUAGCUGUGGUCUACAAAAUAGUUUCAUACAAAAUACUGGUAGAGUGAUAGUUUCAAAACUUUGUCAUAGGUAACCGGGACCUUUCUAGGGGUCUGUGUUCACACCUCCAGUAGAUUUGGAAUCGGGUCUAAGAGUACACAUGGAUGGUAAAUAUUAAAGUGUGUAUCAUUUACAUCUAGAAUCCAUGUGACUUGGAGCAUGCCUGUAAUUUCUAUCCAUUGAGCAUGCAUGGAUAUACCCAAUAGCACACACAAAAUAAAUGUUUACUUAAAAGCCAUUCUAUCCUUCUGUGGCUGAAAUGGUUUAUUGCAAAUCUGCCUAAAGAUUUUUUGCAUAUUAUAUAUGUGAAUUUUGGUUGUAAGUUCAUAACUUACCCAAGGGCAUAGACUCCUAACUCUCUUAAAACAGUGCUUAGUACAAUAUCUUGCCAUCUCUGUUUGUAAAAACACUAAUGGAUAAGUGAGUCAUUUAUGUUUUCAAACACAGAGCAGCUUGUUUCUCAGCAUAAUUUAUUGCUCUUUCAGCAUCUGUUAGGGCAGUCUGAAUACUUUCUAUGUUAUAAGGCACUGAUAAAACAACAAAAACAUGUAAGAAAUAAAAAACAGAAAUGCUUUAUAUAUUUUAGUUUAAAUUUAUCACCUCAUUGUUACUUUUUUUCCAUUAUACCAUGAGUCAGAUUUGAAAAUAAGGUUUUGAAAGAAUAAAACCUUUUCUCCAAUGACAGGAUUAUUUAACUGCUAUUGGCAAUGCAGCCUGGUGCUUUAUGAGACCUAUGCUAAAUGUUACUGGAGAGUUCUUGAAGCCAGGGAUGCCAUAUCAGGAACUAUUCAGGAUCUAUGGUAUUUUCUGAGGUAACUGGGUAAUAGAAUAUCAAAUUGCUGCUAUCUCUGACCUAUUAUUAAAGGAUGAUGCUUUGCCUAUGUAAUAGGAUGUAUCCUAAGUGGGGAUGCGUAUAUUUAAGGAACUUUAAUUCACAUGUAUAUAUUGAUAUCUGAUGUAUGUGUAGUACAUCUAUUGGUCAUGUACGUUUUAAUUUACGUGUUAUGUAGAAUAUAGAUGAGAACUUUGGGCAAACUUGGGAAGGGCAGCCAACCAAAAUCAUUUUUAAUCAUUUAUUAGAAAUUUCUCAAUAUUGUCUUUGUUUUCUUUUGAAACUCUAAAUACUUCAGAAAAAAACUCUAUUCUGUCAGUGUAAUUCAUAUUAAUAUAAUUACAGAUUUACAUAUAUUUGAAUAGUUAAUUUGCUUUGUUUUACACAGAGCCUACUGCCUCAUUAUAGGUAAAAGGCAUUUGUAACUGCUCAGGGAAUUACAGGAACUCAGCUGCAACUGAAUUUUUGUAACAAGCAUGUUAAUAGUGGCAAUAUCCUCUGUUAGUAAACUCUUUAAGCUUGGUGCCAUGAAGAGUCUUUAAACAGGGGCUGAUUCUGAGUAACCUAAAAUACUUUGUUAUCAGGAUGAAAGAAAAUAUAUAUGCUAUUUCCUUGGCAAAUUGAAGGAAUUUGCUGCCUUACAGAGAUAGUAUCACUGAAUUAGCUGCUUACUUUUUGGACAGGGCUAGGGAAUGGGGGUUGUUUGUCAAACUGUUUUUCAAGAACUGAUUUGAUUUUUUUUUUUUUUAAUGUUGAGAAGUGCCUGAAAAAUGGUAAAUUCUUUUGAAAUGUGUGUGAGAUUGUCAGAAUCAACAAAACCAGGCUGGUUAAACAUAUCUGGUGCCCUAGAGACUGUUUACAAAGGAGAGAGCUGGCAACGGGUUUUUUUUUCUUUUUUUGGACAAGGUUUCUCUUUGUCACCCAGGCUGGAGUGCAGUGGCGUGAUCCUGGUUCACUGCAACCUCUGCCUCCUGGGCUCAAGUGAUCCUCCCACCUCAGCUUCUUGAGUAGCUGGGACUACAGGCACACACCACUAUGCCUGGCUAAUUUUUGUAUUUUUUGUAGAGAUGGGCUUUCCUUGGAUUGCCCAGGCAUGUGUCAAUCUCCUGGGGUCAAGCGAUCCACCCACCUUGGCCUCCCAAAGUGUUGGGAUUGCAGGCAUGUGUGUCACCGUGCCUGAGAGCUGACAGUUUUAACCAACAACUUUGAUAACAGAGACUGAUAUUCUUGUUUUAGUUAAUUGGCCGGUGGCAGAGUUUACCCAUGCCUCCUCUCUCAGUCUGCCAGCUUUGUUCUUUCCUAGUGAUUCUCUUUCUGUAUUAAGAGGAAGUAUGAGGUCUCCAUAUGGAUGUUUGGAUGCUAUGGCAAGAAUCUUUUUGUGUUUAGAGUAUAGAAAUAAAAAAUCCAUCACCAAACUGUAAUCUGGAUAUAACAGCCCAGCAUCCAGAAAUCCUAUGGGAUGUUUUAUCACAACAUCUUGCCAUUGUCCCAUCUAGGAAAUUUUCUCUUGUUUUGAGGUAGGGAAGUGAGGAGAAAAGCCAUGUAGAAGCAAAUGUUAGAAUCUUAGGCGUCCUAUUUGUUCAUGCCGUGGGUAUUUGCUUUGGACCUGGAGUCUGUACUUUGAAAGAGGACUUUGAACAAUAAUUCAGUGUGAAUUUUCUUGUAGCCUGCUUCAUGAAAAUAUUAUCCGGGUUUGCAAGUGUACAUGUUUCUUUGAGUGUAAAUCACUGUUUCUUGGAACCCUAUGUUUUUUCUUAAAAAAUUAUUCUGAAUCUAAAUAUGUAUUACUUUAGCCUUCCUUACACAAUACUUAUAAAAGACUUUUCUUUCUGUUCAUGAGUGGAUGCCUGUAUGUGAUAGUUGUGUGUAUGUGUAUAGCUUUAAGGACAAUUUCAGAAAUGCAUUAGAUGAAUGACAUUUUAUAAAGCGAUCACAAUUGAUUUUUACAGGCUAUUAUGUUUCAUGUUGAUUCAUGAUCCAAGAAGUUUUAUGUAUUUAAAAAAUUGCUAUUGUGUUCUAUUUUUCCAAUGUUGGGGGAAGAAAAUAGCUGUUUUAGUGUCUCUAGCCACAAUAAAUGUGAGCAGGAAAUCAA